AUGCCGUUGUGGGAGCAGAGCCUUGAGGUGCCCAUCUGCGGCGUCUUCAAGAAGGGCACCGUCUCCAUCUCUCUCACGCUGCAAAGCAUCAUCUGCAUGCGGGGGACGCCCAUCUCAUUCCGUGCGGUUAUUGAUAACACCAACGGCCUCGCGUCCAUCACAAAGAUCGUGUUCACCCUCGUCACCGCAGUGGAGAUGAGUUCACGUGUGGAGUCGCACAAAUUUAAGAUUCCCCUGCACGAGUACGUGGUGCACAACACCGUGAGCCGCGAAUGCAAACUCGGUAUCCCCGUGACGCAUAUAAUCGUGCCGAAGAACGCCCCUGUCACCCUAUUCACUGCCGGCUACUCAUGCCGCACCUUCCUGCAGGUGAAGGUGUCGGGUGUGCACACUCUGAAGACGUACUCCGGGUCCGCGAUGACGGAGAUCCUCGUCGUGGACAGGUUCGAUACAGUGGGCAACACACGACGCGGGAGGAGCUGGACGAACUUCUACCGCGGACGUGAGAUCGGCCGCAACAGCGAGUGUCCCUUCCCUGAUGUCAUAUGCCCCUUCGUCACGAGCGGUGAUAUGCGUAUUGCGAAGGAAGACUCUUCUGGCACGAAGGACUCGGCUGAGUUGUCGUCGCCCUCCUCCUCGUCCUCCGAGGUCUCCCCGCCGUUCACACCGAUGGGGUCUGAUGGCACGGCAUCCCCGCUGCCACCGUGCCUUCAGGAGCGCCCGCUCGAUCUGGAGCACGUCGUAUAUUACCCCCGCCCGUUGCCUAACAACUGCACGCAUUCGAGAAAUCCGCUGCAGCGCAAAUCGUGGAGUGAACGCAUGGAUGCGGACCAAUAG